AUGGCCACCCCCAAUUUAAACGACAUCCACGACACCCUGAUCGAUCUAGCCUAUAAAGCCGGAGAUAUCAUCAACAAUGCCCUCCCAGACAUAAGCGGUCCGGGAUCCAAGAAGAACAGCGCCGAUCUAGUAACCGAAUACGACCGCGCAGUCGAAACCAUGAUCUCAACUUCUCUAAAAGAGAAAUACCCAGACUAUGCCCCAACCCCCCCACCACUUACACCCACUUACUACACCCUUACUUUUAUCCUUACCCUCGGUUCUAAUAUGCUAUCUCCAGCUUCCACGGCGAAGAAACCUACACCCCAACAACCCCCCCUAACAAACGCACCAACAUUCAUCAUAGACCCAAUCGACGGCACAAUAAACUUCAUCCACAAUUUCCCCCACGCCUGCGUCUCCCUCGGCUUCGCAAUCAACAAAAUCCCAACCGUAGGAAUUGUCUACAACCCCUCCACAAAAACCCUCUACUCCGCCAUCAAGGGUCAGGGAGCUUUCAAGAAUCAGAGCCGCGAUAAUUCUCAACGUGAACGUCUUCCACUCCGCAAACCCGAACCUUUGACCGGCCUAUCAAAUGCCCUACUCGCAAUUGAAUGGGGCUCAGAUCGCAGCGGACCGAAUUGGACCGUAAAAACACGCACGUUUGAAAAAUUAGGAGCCAGUAAGGAAGAUGGUGGUGCUAUGGUGCGCUCGUUUCGGAGUUUGGGGAGUGCGGCGUUGAAUAUUUGUGCUGUUGCUGAGGGGGUUGUUGAUGUUUAUUGGGAGGGGGGGUUGUUGGGAGUGGGAUGUUUGUGCUGGGCGGGGGGUUUGGUUGUUGAUGGGAAUCCGGGUAGGUGGGAGGAUGAGGUUAGUCUUGAUGGGAGGAGGUAUUUGGUAAUUCGGGGGGCGGAGGAGAAAGGGCAGAGGGAGAUUGUUGAGGAGUUUUGGGGGUUUAUUCAGGGGAGGUUGACAUAUUAG